AUGGCUGUCUUGUUCGCUCUCUUUUUGCUUUUCUCCCUCGCCCUCUCGGCGCGCAUUAGACCCUCUUUCAAUGGGACUGCCCUGAACAACAAGGGUACUGGCCCUUCGACCGGAACUGCCGCCGGCACCGACGACCUCUCAUUUGAGCCCGGGCCCAACACCGUCUUCCGUGAAGAAGUCCCUCCCGCAGCUGCAGCCUCGGGAUUCCCACCGACGCACGGAACAGAACUACGCACCCACGACCCCAGCAUCAUCUACGUCGACGGCACAUUCUACAGCUACAGCGUUGGCCCGCGCAUAGUAGUGCACGAAGCCCCGAGAAUGGAAGGGCCAUGGACCGAGUCCGGCGCCGUGCUGUUCGGCGACAGUGUUAUCCAAAAGGGCGACCGCAAAGCCCCCUGGGCCGCAAACACAGUCUACCUCAACGGCCAGUACUACUGUUACUAUUCAGUCAGUAACGCGGGCUGCCGUGAUAGCGCGAUUGGUGUGGCUUCGUCUGCGUAUCCAGGCCCUGGGGCUUGGACGGACCACGGACUCAUCAUUCAGUCUGGGACAGGCGACGGUAGCGAUGUCUAUCCGCUCAACCAGAGCAACACGAUUGAUCCGAAUGUAUUUGUCGAUGGCGAUGGCAGUUUGUAUCUGACUUUCGGCUCCUUCUGGUCGGGCCUGUGGCAGGUUGAGCUUGAAUCCGAUCUGGUUACAGUCAAGGGAUUGUCAGAUGGGAACCUGAACGCAGCUCAUCUCGCCGCUGAGCCGGGCAAAGUCUGGCGCUCGAAGCUCGCCAACUCGAAAGCCAAGACUGCCACCACUGGCAGCAGUUCCGCGAGUCCCAUCUGCGGCGACCCCACAGGCGGCCAUCCGAUUGAAGGCGGGUAUCUUGCCUAUCAUGCCCCAUACUACUACAUGUGGUUCAGCUGGGGACGCUGCUGCGAGUUCAAGGACCCUGCCAUGCGCACGAACGGGAAGGAAUACCGCAUCCGCGUCGGUCGCUCCGAGAGUGCGCGCGGCCCGUUCGUCGAUAAGCAGGGCAUUGACCUUGUCGAUGGCGGAGGCGAGACGAUCUACGGGUCCAAUGGCGAUGUCUUUGCCCCUGGCGGGCAGGGGAUCUUGUCGGACGCAUACGGAGAUAUCCUCUACUAUCACUAUCUAAACUCGUCUGUCAGCUAUGAAUUCAGCGAUGCGAGACUUGGGUACAACCGCCUCGAGUAUGUCGAUGGCUGGCCUGUUGCAGUCUACUAG